AUGAUGUCUUUAUUUGAGGCUUGUCAACAGGCAGACGUUGAACGAAUUAAAUCGCUAAUCGAACAACAGUGUGAUUUAACACAAAUUGAUGAUCAAGGUCGAACAGUGCUUCACUACUGUAACGAUCAUACAGACAUCGCUUGCGCACAGCUUAUACUACAGGAUGAAUCAGUACGAAAAUUAAUUCUCGAUCGACACGAUAACGAGGGUUGUUCUGCACUUCAUCUAGCUUGCCUGAAUGGAAAUAUGGUUAUGGUGAAAUAUUUAUGCGAACAAGGUGCGAAUGUUCAAUUGGUUGAUUAUGAAUCACAUACAGUGAUUCAUUGGAUAACAGUGUGUGGACAUUUACAUCUAUUCAAUAUUCUGAUGAAAUAUGGUGCACCCGUUCAUACACCUGAUGUAUAUGGUGCAUUCCCAAUCCAUUAUGCAUCGCAAUUGUGCGGAAAAGAUGGUGCAAUCGAAGGGUUAGCCAUUCUGAAGAAAUUGAUUGACAAUAAUGUUGAUGUGAAUUGUGUGGAUGAACAUAAACGUACACCAUUCAUUUGGGCUGCAAGUGCAGGUGCUGUCGAUGCCUUACGUCUGUUAUACAAAGCCGGUGCUAAUCCACAACAUGUAGACAAAGAUGCUCUUACUGCGCUUCACGGCGUUGCCACUCGAGGUCAUGCAAAUUGUGUUCGAAUAUUAGUUGAAUUAUAUGAAUGCCCUCUGGAAGCAAAGAAGAAUCGUCUAGGUGAAGAUAUCAAUGGUUGUACUGCUCUGUUUUAUGCUACUUCCUUUCAACAUGUUGAUGUUUGUCGGUUGUUACUUGAUUUGAAAGCGAAUCCAAAUCAUCAAGAUAAACGAGGACGAACACCAAGUCACUGUGCAGCAGCGAAAGGAAAUCUCGAGUGCUUAAAGUAUUUGAUCGAGCAUCAAGCGGAUAUUUGGAUUCGAAACAAACAUGGGGAUUUCCCAAUUCAUGAAGCAAUCAAUGGUAAAGAUCGUGAUAAAUCAAACGAAUUAUUGCAGAAAAAACAUCUCGACGUCGUUCAAUCUAUUUGUCGCUUAUAUCCCGAUAAAGUGAACAUUCGUAAUGGCGAACAACGAACUCCGCUUCAUUUAGCCGCAAAUUUCGGAGAUGUAAACAUGUGCGCAGCAUUGAUUGCAUGCGGAGCGAGAAUUAAUUCAUUUAUUCGAACUAAAGCAGGAAAUUAUAUUACUCCAUACGAUCUGGCUCAUAUUCGUUGUGAAGAUGCUUGUGCCGAAUAUCUUGUUUACAAUCACGGUGGCCAGCGCGGUAAUUUAUUAGCAAAUAUAUUCGCUCGUCGGAUUCAAAAGUUCUUUCGCCAAUUCAAACGUGUCAAAUUCAGUAAUGCUAAUCGACGUCGGAAACUAUUUGCAAAGUCGAUUCAAACUCCAACUAAUAAAACAGAUGACUCUUCAGUGCACCCGGUAACAAUAUCAAUACCAUUAUCACAAAGUCAGAAUCAUCUUCUACAUCAAGCAAAAAUUUGUUUGGAUAAUAAGAAGAUCGAAGAUCGCUCAAGAAAAUCCAACAGAAAUUCUUCCAGGCGUGCGUCUUAUCUAUUAGAUUGCACAGAAGAAGAGAAGAAAGGAACACGGCAUCAUCGUCAACAUCUUGGACAACCAAAGCCAAUGGAAACAUCGUUCAAUCGAAGCAUCGAUCAUCAAUUUCAUUCAACCGAGAAAAUCAUCAUUCAUACGUCAAAUUCGAUUGGCACGUCAGUAAAACUUUAUGAACGACAUAAAUUAAUCGCAGAAGAAUUAUACAAAAUCAAACAAGCACGAAUUCACAAUCAUAAUGUUGUCAUCAACCGACCGCUGUAUAAAAUUUUAAUCGAGAACGCGUUUAAUCCUGCCAAUCGACAUGUCGAAGAAAUUGAACGAUAUCUUGAAAGCCUAGUAAAAGCAUAUGAAACCGAAUUAGAUGCUAUACGCAAGCGUAGUAAAAGCAUUCCAGUACGACGUCCAAUGAAUGAUCGAAAUUAG